GGCAACGGGCCUACUUCGAUCGACUAACCAGCGUACGGUACGGACGGACGGAGAAAAAAAUGAGCGUACAUCAACUAGGGCUCGGACAAAAGUGAAGUCGUAGCUAAGUAGUGGAAUCCGUUUUUGCGUAGGGUGCAUCCAAAAAGGUUUGCCGAAUCGCCGCGCGGGUUCCGCGUGCGGAUCGUUUCCGUGUGAAAAGGGUCCUCCGGGGCGAAGGUCCUUGAAAAUUUCGUGGGUGCUAUUUAGCGCGGCGGUAGUGCCAGUGGUGGUGAUCCACACGCAAAGGAUCACCCUUCUACCUAGUGGUAAAGUUUUUGUGCCAUCCGAAGAGAAAAAAAAAUGUGAAUAUUGAAUAUGAUUCUGUCGCAAUACUUUGGAAGAAGCUGCAGCAAAUAAAAAGUUACAGUGGUGAUUGGUGAAUCAACGCAUUUGUGAAGUGCACCAAGUGAAAGAGAAUUCAGGGAAAGGGUCCGUCGGGCGGAGGGCUGCCGAUGGAAAGUGCUUUUCCCCUGGGGAGGAAAAUUGGUGUCAAAUGCCAGAGUGCCGGAAUGAGAGAGGCUUGUUCCGAUGGAUAAAAGAUGAAAUUUUAAUUCGGUUUGAUAUGUGACACAAAAGUGCGCACACGGUUUCAAGGGAACAACAAGGAUUGGCCUCUUUUUUGCCACCCGAAGCUACGAGGUGCGAAACGAGGCAAGCUGGGAGCUGAGCUAUCGAUCAAAGUCAUCAAAGUAGGCGAAAUUGUGGAAUCCGGAUUACAUUCAAAGGAUAGAAAACUAGAAUGGAAGCGACAUCUGGGAGUUGUACCAAAUGAUGAUUGCAUUUAAAGUUUCAUUUGUAACAACUGAACAAAAAAUCUGUCUGAUUCAGGUCUACUAGCAUCCUUGUCGCCUACUGAUGCAGUAUCGGUCCUGAACUCGCCGGAAUGGCCCGUCGGAUCGAUGCGGCAUAACCGGAUUUUCUGAACCAACACCAUGGCCAGCAGCCGGUGCGGAGCAAUGUUACUCAUCUGCGAUAGUUGUGCGAGUUGGGCAAAUCCCGUAGAAAGUGAAUCAAUCAGUGUUGCAAUUUCAAACGACAAGAACAACAAGUGCUUUAACUUUGAGGACGGACAGGAAGAUAGGCAGGAACCUAUAAGUUUGAUUGUGAUACCGGAAAGCGGCCAUCGACCGUCGUCAGGAGGAUACUGCGCAAAGUAUGCUGAAACCAAUCAAGAACCUGCUGACCUAUUUGCAGAAGAAUGCUAAUGGUUCGACGAUCUUUGGGUUAACCAACGGUAUGGGUCCCAUCGAAGAACCGACGCUGCACGAAGCGGCCGACAUAAUGUCGUCGGAGGAGCACAACUGCGAGGAUCCCCUGUACGAUCCGCUCGCGCUGGACGAAUGUGAUAACCACGAUGUGCUAAAUGUGAGCAAUGUUAGUGCUACAACGACCGGAACGACCAGCGGUAGCGAGCUGGACACUUCAACCGGUCAGAUCAUUCUGGUGGACGUGACAAGUCUGAAGAGCCCCGUCGCCGCCGGCACACAAGAAGACGAGGACGAUAGAGGGGGCGGCGGCGGUGGAGGAGGGGGGAUUUGUAGUGCCGUGAACCUUGAUCCUGUGAAUACUAGUGUUAAUGGACUGAACGAAAGUGCGCUGUCGCUGGAGAACGAUGGCGACGAUCCUAAUGAGACCAAGUCUACCAACCUCGAUGACGAUAGCUUUAAGACAGCCUCCUGCGGGGAUACCCCGAAUGUGUCGGUCAACGGUUCCGUAGCGGAAACGUUCGUCGAUGCGAGGCACACCAACGGUGUACCGGAAGUAACAACGGACAACGGAGGCCUGGCCGUCGUUGUGGCGACCGCAAACCAAGAAGAAGAGGAAGCCAGCGAUGGGUCCGAUUCGGGGCUAGGGUCGGAACCGUCACGGAAUCUAUCCACGACGCUGGACAAAGGAGUGGCGGUUGUCGAGCUUCCGAAAAGUAAUCUCAAACGGCGCUCGGCGGAGGAAACGACCGGGGCGAGCACCGAGAAGCGACCAAAGAAGGGCAUCACGUUCGACGGGGUGACGGUUUACUAUUUCACGCGGAUGCAGGGAUUCGGAUGUGUGCCGUCGCAGGGCGGAUGUACACUGGGGAUGGAGUUCCAGCAUAUGCAUUCUAAACGUUUCACCCUGGCCGAGCACGCGGCCGAGCAGCGUAAAGUGCACCGUGCCCAGCUACAGGAACUGAACCCCCGGUCGAGUUCGAGCGAAGAGACCGACAGCGAUGAGGAACCGAGCGAGAGCGGUUCCGAAGCGGAGAGUGAAUCCUACGGGUUCCUGCAACCGGUUACCACUCGGCAGAGGCGAGCUCUGCUCAAGGCGGCCGGAGUGCGGAAGAUCGAUUCCACGGAGAAGGACGAAUGCCGGCUAAUUAGGACCUCGCGGGAAGUGUGUGGAUGUACCUGUCGGGGGUACUGCGAUCCGGAUACCUGUUCGUGUAGUCAGGCAGGGAUCAAGUGUCAGGUGGACCGGCCGAGUUUUCCCUGCGGGUGUACGCAGGACGGAUGUGCUAACGUGGUGGGCCGUGUUGAGUUCAAUCCGGCCCGGGUGAGGACACACUUUAUCCAUACUAUUAUGCGGUUGAAUCUGGAUAAUAAGACCGGCGGAGAUGAACUUGGGGGGAUGGGAAUGCAUUCGGCGGGAGGUUACGGUAACGGUAAGGAUUGGUCUAGUGGACCAGUGCGAUUACCCGGAUUGUACGGGAUGGUAGGGAUCAAUGGUGUCGGAGUCGAUACCGUGGACAGUUACCAUCACCAACAUCAUCACCUACACCACAGCCUCCCGCAGCACCAGUAUGGAGUUAGUCAUAACUAUUUAGCCAAUCAUCCGGUUUCACCUGGAGUUGUCCACCAGGCUGGCGAAUCGCUGGAUCUUCAUUACGCUUUUCGGGACUACUACGGUACCCCGCAACAACCCGGCGAUCAACUGGCCAUGUCCAGUUCGCUCAUGGCACCUUACUAUGGAAACUAUCCGACGGCCAUGGACCAACAGUACCAUCAAUCUCACCACUCCGGCCUAGUCCUAGACCAAAGGCCAUCCGAUCCACAUUCCCCCUACCACAGUCAGAUGGAAACCGUUCCCAGCAGUGCGGUGAUUCUCGACGAAGACACUACACUUAACACCCCCAUCAAUCCAAACUUCAGUUGCGACGAACAAAGUUCUCCGGCCGAUAGCCUACCCCCGAGUACCUCCGCGAGGAUAUUUGUGGACCAGCAGCAUGAUUCGCAGACGUCAUGUUCUUCCAGUGAACCGAACCGACAGCCGACGGAAGAUCCGCUGGCGUCCGCUUCCAAUCAGAGUUCGUCGCCAACCAGCGGUGACUUCAUUGACCUCAACACCCCUCUUCCGUCGAACAGCGACCGGCUGGAGGCCAUCAAUGACCUGCUGGCCAGCAGCCGCCAUCAGCUUACCAUUGCCCAGCGGUCAGUCAUCGCCGAGGAAGACGACGAGCUGAGCGAUUUCCGGGAUCCCCCGGUUAUGCCCCUCUCCAGCGUGGUGGACAGUUCCGAACCGUGCACCACCGACGGAGACGAUACUCAAGACGACGAGCCGCAACCCCAUGAACCCAACCCAGGAGAUGGUUCCGUGAAAGAUGCACCGCCAUCACUGAAUAAUCCCGACAUUGGUACCGGCGGUUGCAGCAACGGUCCCAUUAUUGAAACGUGCGAAAACUUAAGCGAAAUCAUCAAGAAUAGUAUUGUUGAAACUGUGUCUAAUUAGCUGUAGAACGGCGUUUUCGUACUGCGAAAACCGUGCUAAAACUUUAUUUUGCUACUUUUGUCUAGCAAACCUCUUUUCGCUAUUACCUAUGUUGCAUCUGGUUUAUCCUACUGAAUAUUUACCAUAGAAAUACAAUACACGGUUCUGCAGUACUUAACGACGGUUUAUUGUGGCGUCUGCACUUCAAAAUAUUAAAUAAUUAUAUAUCUUAUGGUUAUGUACCAUAAGGUACAUGUUCAUUUUAUAUUCUAACCUAUUUGGCUUAUGGUUGUUCACCAUACACUGUAUGAUUAUAAAAUCUUAUUUUUUAAGAAAAUGAGAUAAAUACAGUUAGGUUUUUAGAUACACUUUGUAUUUGUUACACAACUGCGAGUGGUAACAAUAACCUGUUCCAUCAGGUUAUUGUAUUAUAUUUCUAUGGUAUUUUAUCCCAAGUAGUGUUUUCUUUCUUAUUAUUUUUGUUUCACAGUUAUUAUUGACUAUAUUUAAUGUUUAUCUCUUUUGUUUACUUUUUAACCCUCAUCUACCGCACAGUUACAUUCAUUUGAUGCGCUUUCAUGACUUGAAUUCUCAGAGAAAUUGUAAAUUUUACCGAUUAGGUGUAAAAUAGCAUAACAAAGCCCCGUUGCUCGUAGGAAAAAAAAACAAAAUACAAUGUAAUUUCCAUUUGUAGUUGUUUUCUUGUGUAGAGAAAAAGAUCAAAAAUCAAAUAUGCGCUAAAUAAAAGAUACAAAGCAAAAAAUGAUUAGUUAAAUUAAAAUCAUCCGAUUCAAGAAUGUCCCGAAAGAUUCCGGAACCGAACAAAUAAUUUCAUAUUGUAGGUAAAACUUGUAGGAUGCAAUCAUACGAGAGCAGAAACACGGUUCAAUGGAAGAAGUUAUUAGCAGAGGUGGCAACAUUCCCGGACAAGGAACUAGUUUCACUUGCAAAUAUUUCUCUUUGAAACAGCACUGCCGUGUGGAGUACAGUUGUCUAAUGUUCUAUGGGAAUUCCUAUUAAAAUGUAACAUGGGACAACACUAUGCUGCACAUGGCAGAGCAGUAAAUGGUAGAACUUACGCAAUUUUUUGCAUACAUGCACACAUAAACUUCAAUUUACCGUUUAGUUAAUGAUCAAUGGAUUACCACCCGAUUGAAAAUUUUAUCCUCCUAGGACUGAUUGAAAAUUGGAAAUACAGUAAACAUCUAAAAGGCACGCGUUUCGAAGAAUAAAAUUUUCAAUUUAAACGUUGAAACGCAAAUUUAAUACAAUAUAACUGAAAUGAUUGAUUUUAUACCUACUGGAAAGUGAAGCUAGUCCUUGUCCAAGGGUUUUAUCAUUUUUCGCAAAACUGAAAUGAAUUCCUACCAGCUGAUAAAUAGAAAAGCACUGAAACCGUGGACACUCGUGAUUGAAUAGGUAAUUUGUUAAAUAAUAUCAACCAGCAAGACUGCCCCUCUUGGCAUGUCAGUCCCAUGUCGUUUCUAAUGCGAAUCAUAUUUUUGUCUCUCAUGAGCUCAUUUAAAAUAAAUUUGAUAUUUUUCUUGCCUCAUUUCACAGCCCAAUGUUCCACGAAAAGUUUAUGCAAGAAUUAUACAUUUUUUCGAAAACAAUUGGAGUUAUAGUGCAAAACGUAGGCACUUUGAAAAACAACAUGGGACUGAUAUGCGAAGAGGGGCAGAAGAGCAAGACGAUAACACAACCAUAAAGCGGGCAAAAAUUGUAAUCCUUCACUGUACAUAUAAGUCGCACUUUCGUAGUACGCCCUAAGCAAUUGGAUUAUGUAUCUAAAUCUAAGCGGUACCUCCCGUAGUACCAAUAUUAUGUAAAAUGAAAACAAAACGCAAACUAUUGGAUAUCAAUUAUCGAAAUAAUAACAAUUAAACACAUACCAACUAAA